UCAAUGUAUCAAGUGGUCACAAAUCAAUUUUAUAUAGUAUAAGGUCUUUUAUUUAUUUCAGUAUUUGUCGUACACGUUUUUUUUUUUGUCAUCGAUACUUCAUUAUGUCUGAGAUAAACAAACGGUCAACUCGUAAACGCACCAUAGUAGCUCAUGUGAUUUCGUCCAGUGAGAGUGAAAGCGAAUCAAGUCCGAAGAAAAAACAAAAAAAAAUGGGAUGCAGUGCGUCAAAACAGAAAGAAGCUGCGAAUAAUGAAUCGAUUGAUGCCAAACCAAAAUUGAAGAAGACAAAAUUGACAACCGCAAAUAAACCAAAAUCAAUUGUGGUGGAACAUGUCGAUGCGGUGAAUUCCGAUAGGAAUGCUGACAAUCAACCAGACCAACGGUCCAUAACAUCAUCGUUAUCAGUGUCGUCAACUCGGCGACAGUCAAAAUUGAAUCGCUCACAAUGGACCGAUGAAGAACUUUUGUGUCAAUUACAGCAUUUGGAUGGUGACACCGGUUCAAACAUUGUUCGAAUGUUUGACGAUGGCAACACAAUUCCAUUUAUGUGCCGGUAUCGACGCGAAUUAAUUGGAAAUCUCGACGCAGACGAAAUGCGUGAAAUUAAAAUCACAUACAAUCACAUUAAGAAUAUUCGGGCCCGUGCCGAUACCAUCAUAAAGGAUUUGGACAAACGAAAUUUACUUGAUGAUGAAAUUGAAGACGAAAUUCGAUUAGCGAAAUCACUGGACGCUCUGGAUCAUUUGUACGCACCCUUUAAAGCAGCCAGCAAAUCAUCAUUGUUUGAGCGAGCCAAAGCACUUGGCCUUGAAAAUGCAGCUAAUAAAUUGUUACAUGAGCCACGUUGUUCAUUGAAAUUCUCCGAUUUUGUGAAAAAAGACAACGACGGUGUUAAUACGGUGGAAAAAGUUAAAGACGGUAUCAAAAACAUUAUCUCUCACAUAUUCAGCAAAGAUGUCGACGUUCUUGAGGCCAUUCAAAAUGAACUAGCACGUCACAAUAAUGGUAUCAAAAUUGAAACAUGUGAAAAUACAAAAGUGACCAAAUCACACAAAGAUGACAUUCCCAAGUCGGAGUUUAAAAAUAGCGAUAAAAAAGGCGGCGAUAAUCCAAAGAAAUUUGAACUAUACUUCAAUUUUCAAGGAUACUUGAACAAUAUGCACUCACAUCAAACUUUGGCCAUUAACCGCGGUGAAAAUCUCAAAUUUAUAAUGGUUAAAAUUGUGAUACCCGAUCGCAUUCAAAACACAAUUUACAGGCUUAUCCAAAAUAAGUACUUUGUUAAUGCAGAUAAUUCAGAGUUAAAAAAUCUACUAUCAGCCGCAUUGAAUGAUGCAUAUUCGAAAAAGUUGAAGCCAUUGAUGAAUCGUCAGAUUCGAUCAAUUUUAACUAAAAAUGCUGAAAAAGAAUCGGUAGAUGUGUUUGCGAAAAAUUUGAAGCAAUUGCUGAUGGUAAAGCCCGUAAAAGGGAAGAGAAUUCUUGGAGUUGAUCCGGGCUUUAAAAAUGGCUGUAAAUUGGCAUUAAUCUCAGAACAAAAUGACGUCCUAGCCACCGACACCAUUUAUCCGCAUAUCAAAUUCACAAACAAAGACAAAGAUACAAAACAGAUGAUGUAUGAACACAAACUCAUCGACAUUUUACGGAAACAUAAAUGUGAGAUCAUUGCGAUUGGAAAUGGAACGGCGUGCCGUGAAACAGAAGCCUGGAUUUCCGAUUUGAUCGCACGUGAAGUGUUUCAUUCGAAGUCAGUUCAAUAUUGCAUUGUAAGUGAGAAUGGUGCUUCGAUUUAUUCCUGCAGCGAUGUUGCCAAACGAGAAUUCGCUAAAAUGGAUGUGAAUUUAAUAAGUGCCGUAUCGAUUGCACGUCGAUUAAGCGACCCAUUGGCCGAACUUGUGAAAAUUGAACCAAAACAUUUGGGCGUCGGCAUGUAUCAACAUGAUAUCAAUGAAAAAUAUUUAAUGGAAUCAUUAAACGAAGUGGUUACCGAAUGUGUCAGUUUUGUUGGGGUCGAUAUAAAUACAGCGAGUACGACAAUUUUGAAGCACAUUGCUGGCAUGAAUGCGACCCGCGCCGAAAACAUAAUCAAAUAUCGUGCCGAAAAUGGUCCAUUCAAAAGCCGAGAUGAGAUUAAAAAGGUUAAGGCCAUUGGUCCGAAAACGUUUGAACAGUGCGCUGGUUUCAUUCGAAUCGAUGCGGUCACGGCCAAUGUCAAUGGAAAGACGAAUAUUCUCGAUUCAACUUGGGUGCAUCCAGAAAGUUAUGACGUUUCCAAAAAAAUUAUUGCCAAAUUUCAACUAUCACUCAAUGAUAUCGGCAGUGACACAUUUAUCGCACGAAUCAAACAGGCUCAAAAUGAAAAUACCACAAUUGGUGAACUAGCAAAACAAUUUCGCAUUCCAGAACAAAGAGUUGAAGGUAUCCUAGAAGCUCUUGCUCGAGAACUUCAAAAGGAUUACAGAGAUGAUGCUGAUAUUCAACCACUUUUCAAAAAAGGUGUAUUGAAAAUGUCCGAUUUGAAAAUUGGAACCAUUGUUUCCGGUCGAAUCGCAAAUAUUUGCACAUUCGGUUGUUUUGUUGAUAUUGGAGUCGAACAUGAUGGACUGAUUCAUACGUCAAAAUUGAGAGGACACACACCGAGUAUUGGGGAUCGUGUUAAUGCAAAAGUCCUGAGUGUGGACAUGGCAAAACGUCGCAUUCAACUUCAGCUUGACAGUAUUAUGUAAAGUGCUUAUUAUCUAUUGAAUAUUAUUCUUGUUCCAAAUAUUAUAACCCGCAGAUGAAAUCUUUGUGUUGAAUUUUUUUUAUUACGAACUCAAACAUUAUUCGAAACAAACAUAAAAUUGAUACAACAAUAAAAAAUGUAUAAAACAAAUUAAA